UCACGGGGCCUGGAAAAUCCUUGGAAAAUCUCAGUUUCCUUUGCUUCUCUCUUCAGUCUCAAUGUGGGGAGAACGGCCCAUGGGCCAAUCUCAUUAAUUUUUUCACCAAAAUUGGGCAGGGGAGAUGCUGGCUUCAGGUUUCAUCAUCAUCCACGGGCAGAACGCUCAGCUCCUGCCCGGGUGUGACUGUGGCAUCAGGAAGCGCUUGCCAAGUCCCUCGCUAGAUCCAGGCGAGAUGGGCAAGUACACGAUCCGCGUCGCCACGGGGAGCUCGCUCUUGGCGGGCUCCAGCAACUGCGUGCAGCUGUGGCUGGUGGGCGAGCACGGGGAGGCGGACCUCGGGAAGCUGCUGCCGCCGCUGCCUGGCAAAGAGACCGAGUUGAAUAUCGAGGUCCCUUUGUACCUGGGGCGCCUCCUGCUGGUGAAGCUACGCAAACACAAACUCCUGCUGGAUUCUGACUGGUUCUGCAAGUGGAUCACGGUUCAGGGCCCAGGGACCCAGGGCGAGGCCUUUUUCCCCUGCUACCGCUGGGUGCAGGGCGACGGGAUUAUCUGCCUGCCAGAGGGCACUGCCCUGACCGUGAGUGAUGACCCCCAGAACUUGUUCAAGACACAGCGGGAGCAGGAGGUGGAGGCUAGAAAGACGGUGUACCGGUGGGGCUCCUGGAAGGAUGGAUUAAUCCUGCCUAUAGCAGGGAGUUCGAGGCAGGACCUUCCUAGGGACCAGCGGUUCCUGGAGGAUAAGGAUUUAGACUUCAACUUCUCCCUGGCAAAAGGGUUGAAGGAUUUGGCUAUUAAGGGGACAUUGGAGCUUGCAAUUUGUGUAAAAAGACUGGAAGAUUUUAAAAAAGUAUUGGUUAAAGAGACUCCUCUGGCUGCACGGGUCUUGGAUUGCUGGAAGGAUGAUGCCCUCUUUGGAUACCAGUUCCUCAACGGUGCAAACCCCAUGCUUGUGAGGCGCUCUAAGAGCCUCCCAGCUCGGCUGCUGCUGUCCCCAGGGAUGGAAGACCUGCAGACCCAGCUGGAGAAAGAGCUCCAGGCUGGAACUCUGUUUGAAGCUGAUUUCUCCCUGCUGGAUGGGAUUAAGCCAAAUGUCAUCAUUUUUCAGCAGCAAUAUGUGGCAGCCCCUUUGGUCAUGCUGAGGCUACAGCCAGAUGGGAAAUUGUUACCUAUGGUCAUUCAGCUCCAACCGCCUCGACAUGGAAGCCCUCCACCUCUGCUCUUCCUGCCUUCAGAUCCUCCCAUGGCCUGGCUCCUGGCCAAAAUAUGGGUCCGUAGUUCUGAUUUCCAGGUGCACCAGUUACAGUCCCACCUGCUAAGGGGACAUCUGGUGGCUGAGGUUAUUUCUGUGGCCACAAUGAGGAGCUUGCCCAGCCUGCAUCCCAUCUACAAGCUCCUGAUCCCCCACUUUAACUACACCAUGGAGAUCAACACCUUGGCCCGGAGUACUCUUGUCUCUGAAUAUGGAAUUUUUGAUCUGGUGGUGAGUACAGGUAGUGGAGGCCACGUGGACAUUCUCCAGAGAGCUGUGUCUUAUUUAACUUAUCGUUCCUUCUGUCCUCCCGAUGACCUGGCUGACCGUGGACUCUUGGAUGUGACAUCUUGUCUCUAUGGACAAGAUGCCCUCAGGCUGUGGGGAAUCAUCAGUCGGUAUGUGAAUGGGAUGGUUGGGCUUUUCUACAAGAGUGACGAAGCUGUGACGUGUGACCCAGAGCUGCAGGUGUGGUGUAGAGAAAUCACUGAGAUUGGACUGCAGGGGGCCCAGGACCGAGGGUUCCCCCUGUGCUUAGAGUCCCGGGCUCAACUCUGUCACUUUCUCACCAUGUGUAUCUUCACGUGCACUGGUCAGCAUGCUUCUGCCCACCUUGGCCAGCUGGACUGGUACUCCUGGAUCCCUAAUGGUCCAUGCACCAUGCGGAAGCCCCCACCCACCUCCAAGGAUGUGACAGAGAAGGACGUAGUGGACUCAUUGCCUAAUCUCCAACAAGCCCGUAUGCAGAAGACUUUUGUCCAGUUUCUUGGCAGACACCAACCUGUCAUGGUAGCUCUGGGGCAGCAUAAGGAGAAAUAUUUCUCAGAUCCUGGGCCCCAGGCUGUGCUGAAGCAAUUCCAGGAGGAGCUGGCUACCAUGGACAAGGAGAUUGAGAUCCGGAAUGCACAGCUGGACCUGCCGUAUGAGUACCUUCAACCCAGCAAGGUGGAAAACAGUGUGACCAUCUAAGAAGCUUGGCCUCUCAACCCCAAAGCUCACUGUCUCUACAUGCUUUCAAGUAUUCUUGACCUUCUUACAAACCUCUGGUGGACAGACUGCACCCAAAGCUGUACAGUUGUGGUGUCCAGAAUUGUCCAUCACACAACUCUGGGGAUCACACAAUGAUUGUUCCUAUUGCACGUUGGGAACUGGAAUCUUUCAUAUUUGCCCUAUCUUAAUGUCCAUCCAGUCCUAUGGUUCCUUGGCCUUUAGUCUCUCUUACCCACUUCUAUUUCCCAAAUGAUAAUCCUU